AUGGCUACUCCUCUGCAACUGCUGCAACUCUUCAUCCUAACCUCCUCCUUCAUCUCUACCACAACCGUGACCGCCAUUGACAACGCUUCGUCUUCAUCGAUUUCUCCAUCAUCACCGUUUCCUCCAUCAUCAUCGUCACCAGCUCUCCUUGGCCCCAUUCUCGCCAAACUCGGCUUCCUACAACUGGCCGACGCCGCCGCAGAAAAUCACUCCACCACCGCCGCCGCCGAAUUGCGAGGCCCCGCCACCAUCUUCGCACCGGCCGAUUCUUCACUCCUUACCUGCCCUUCCUGCUCCGUACCUCUCCUCCUCCAAGAACACUCCAUCGCUGGCCUCUACCCCCUCCACCACCUCCGCAAGCUAGCCUUCGGCACCAAAAUCGAAACCCUAGCCUCCAGCCGAUGCAUCACAAUCACCUCCGACGAAAACAGCUCCAAUGUAUUCGUCGGCGGCAUGGAGAUCACUGAUCCGGACCUCUACAACGACGAUCGCGUGGUUAUUCACCGCCUUCGAGGCUUCGUUUCUCAUCUCUCGCCGAUUUCGUGCAACAUCGAGCGAAUGAGUUCGCUCUCUUUUCCUCCUCCGCCGCCGAUGGGGGGAUUCUAUAUCAUGCGCCUGAUGCUCAAAGACGCCAUGCUCCGCCUCCGAAUCAGCGGCUUCAGCGUUCUCGCACUGGCUCUGAGAGUGAAGUACUCGGAGCUCUUGGAUCUCCGAGCUCUCACUUUGUUCGCUCUCGACGAUGAAUCGAUCUUCGCUAAAGGCAACUCUUACGUCUCUGAUUUGGGACUCCACAUUGUGCCGAACCGGCGGUUGAUGGCGGCGGAUCUGGUGAGUUUUCCGGCCGCGACGGUGUUGCCGACGAUGGAGUGGGGGCGGAGUCUGGUGGUCACCACCGCGGGCGGUGGAGGUCCGUUCGCGCCUAUGAGGAUCAACUACGAAAAGGUCAAGAGCUUUGAUUUUGUGUAUAACCUCAAGAUCGCGGUUCAUGUGCUGUCGUCACCGUUCCGAAGUGUCAAUCAGACGGCUGCGGUUGAAUUGGCUCAGAUCAAUCGGUGUGAGAUGGAUGGUGUGGAUUUGGGAAAUGCUGGGUUCUGUGAGAUGGUGUCCCCCACUCCGGGGAUGGUGUGA